UGACAAUGCCGGUGACGGUGCAGUUGGUUUAUUCGAACAAAUUCGAUACAAAUUUUUACUCGUAGUUUUAAACGAUACAAUAUUAUUAUAACUGUACGAUCGUACAUUGCUGGAUUACCGAAGUAAGUUAUGCUUUCGACAAUUGUUUAAAAAAAAAAUAAAUAUUUUUAUUAAAAUAUAAUAAAUAUGUAUUAUUUUAUUAAUUAUUUAAAGUAAUUUAUAAUAAAUAAAUUUAAAUAAUUAAUAUUAUAUUUGGCAUUCUAAACAAGCGAUAUUUUUAAUCAAAUCAUUUAAUUUAUACUUAUUUUUAUACUAAUGCGUCAAUUUUAGAUUUGCAGCGUAGCGAAGGAUCUAUUAACUAUUGGUUUAUUAUAAAAUCAAUGGUUUUACUAAAUUUUCUGAAAAAUAAUUUUGUCUAGUUGGUGCAUUAGUGAGGUAAUUUAAUGAUUUUAUAAGGGAUUUUCAUUAUAAUUUGGAAAAUCCUAAAGAAAAUUAAAACGUAAAUAUUUACGGCCCAUCACGGCAUUACCGAUUUCAUUACUUUAAUUUUGUCUAGAUAUAUGAUGUUUUCCACCAGAAUUGUUGCUCGAAUUAAAAAAUGACAAAAUAUCUAUUUUAUUUCUUUUAAAUAUAUACCCAUUAAUAAAGAAAGCACUUUUUUAAUACCUAAAGUAAUUUCCAUAAUACUUGGGAAAAAUCAAAAACUUAAAAUUGAUUAAUAUUUACGAUAACUUAGAGUCCAAGUUUAAUUAUUUUGAUUUUUGCAAACCAUGUUUACUAACAGAAAUAUUCUUCUGAUUGAGGAAUGACUAUGAAUCGAUUUUGGUCCUUUUAAUAUAUGUGCAGUCACUAAGAGAGAAAGUCCUUUAUUGCUAUUAAAAUGAUUUUUCAUAAUAAUGAUAAUUAAGAUAAACCAAAAGAACCAAAAAUACGACAUUUUUUUCAAAUUAUGGUGCAAUGAUUUUAUUUAAAAUUUGUACGGCUCAUUUUUUCUAUAACAGAAUUGCUCCAAUAGAAAAACAACACGAAAUCUAUUUAUUGAAUAUUACAAUUUAGUUGGUGAUUAAAUAAGUCGCUUUUUAAUGUUCCUAUGUUUUUAUUAAUAAUUAGGAAAAACCGGAAAAAAACGAAAAUUGAAACUGAUAAAUUUACGGCGUUACGAUUUCAUUAUUUUAAAUUUUUACGCUUUCCGUUUUCCAAUAUAUACCGUAAAAAUGUAGGGUCUACAGCAAAAUCUUGAAUGGUUAAUCCUUGAACGGCAAAAUCUCGAACCGGCUAAUUUUAUAUUCCUUAGAAAAUGAACUGAUAUAGGUAUUGUCGAUCAAGAGCUUACAGUUCAAGAUUUUACCGACAAUUUUUGUUCAAGUUUUUUUCGUUCCAGAUAUUGCUGUUCAACAUUUUGCACGAAUUUUUUUUCAAGAUUUUGCUGAUUCAAGAUUUUGUUCUUCAAAUGUUUGCCAUUCAAGGUUUUGCCGAAAUUAUUUAUUCUAGAUUUCGGGGGUUUUUUCGUUUUAAGAUUUUGUCAUUCAAGGUGUCGUCAUACAAGAUUUUGACGUAGACUUGUUCCUCGUUUUAUGCAUAAUUGCCAUUUAUAAUAUAAAUGUUUUCUAGGUUAUAAUAAACUCUCAACUAAGCAAGGAAUGAGUAGGGAUUGGUUUUACUACGUAUGUAUGUUUUUUGUCUGUACACAUCUUUUCGAAAAGAAAUCUUGUUCUGAUAUGUAGAGUCUCUGAAUGGAAAUUUUAUCUAGAUGGUUUAUAUACACAGAUCUUUUUUUGAUUUUCUAAGUAUUUUUCAUAAUAAUUAGGAAACGUAGAAGUAACCGGAAAAUUUACGAAAAUUCAAUUUUGUUUUUUUGUUAUAAUUCAGUUUAAAAUAUUUGUUAAUACUUGAAAUUUUGAUAGACAACUUAUAUUUGUCUUUUAUAGACGUGGUCAAAUGUUCAAGAAAUUUGAGCCACUUUUAAUCUAUUAGGAAAUGUUGCUCUAAUCAUUAAAAUGUUAGUGGUUCCUAGCAUAAUAUAUUAUUUAAUUAAUGUUUCGAUUUUUUAACUUUUUAAAUAAUGGGGAAAAUUGAAAAAAAAAAACACGAGAGAACUGGGAAUAUCUAUGCAAGAACAGUAUCCGUUAACAUCGAUUUGGCAAUUUUGCUAUAGUGUAGUGAAAAUAACCUUAAAGAAUUGAUAUUUUUACCGAAUAUCUAACUACUGAUAUUAGCAUUUUCUACAGGUGAUAUAUUUUUCAAAAUAAUGUGGCUUUAUUUGAAAUGUUCGAGUUUUUAAGUUUCUUUUUUUAGCUUUUACAGAUACAAAUAUUCAAGUGUAUACAAGUUCUUAAUAAUUUUGGUUUAUUAUAAAAUUAUGAUAAACCUAGCUGUAUUUAAUGGCAAAAAAAAUAAAAAAUUUGCUUUAUACCAUAAUAUACAAUACCACUUUAUUCUUUAUUCCUAAAGAAACGGUUUUCGAUUUUAAAGAUAGUUAGAAAGACUAAUAUUAUAUGGAUUUUAUAGGGGCAAGGGGUGAUUGCUCUCAGUGCCUUAACUCACAUUAAAUAUGUGUCUAAUUAAAUAUAUAAGUAAGUGAUUAUAAAAAAUAAAUACAUUUUUUUUUAGCCGCAGACAUGGAGUUAUUAUUUGGUAAUAUUACGUUGAUCUUGGGACUGGUAUUCGGUACAAAAGACGUUUUACAAAUACAUCAAGGACAGAUAAAAGGUAGUGUGUUAAAAUCAAGAGAUGGACGGGAAUUUUACGCGUUUCAAGGAAUACCCUAUGCCAAACCGCCGAUCGGGGAUCUUAGAUUUAAGGUUAGCACAUUAUUUACCGCACACUCCAGUAUAUUAAUAUUUAUCAUCCUCAUGCACACAAAAGGCGUUAAGUCAAUACAUACAUAAACAGUCAAGACAUACAUAAAUAAUUUUUGACAAUAAGCAUUAUAAAAUAGUAUAAACUUUCAACAUGUUAACUAGAUGUACAUACCUAAUUUUGUUUUGGAAAAUAUUAAGUUAAUAAUCCUUUGAAUAAAAUAGUUUUGAAUCUAUAUUUGCAAAUAAUGUAUUUAAAUUUUAUGAAAGUGUACUUAAUUGCUUUUCCAUAAUUUCUGAGGAUUUGGUGAAUUUUGCAGUUAUUAAUUUAAUAAUCUUUUUUAAUCUAAAAUAUUGUAUCUAAAUGAAUUAGGGAAAUAUGUAAUUGUUAUGGGUGAUCGUUUUAACACUAAAUUCCAGAUGAGUUAUAACUUCACAUAGCCUUCAUAUAGUGAGAAAUGAUGAACGCAAUUUUAUAAGUAUAUUAUUAAUCGUCAAAAAUAUUGAAACACUAUUAUUAAUAUUCAUAAAAUAAUCUGGCGUGAAGGUGUUCACAUUUGAUAGCUCCAGACUCGUCUGAAAAGGCGUUGGUGGUUGCCGAUAUUUAUGACCUAGACCCCCCAACUAGUUUUGCUUAUUACGUGUUUUUCAACAAAAAAAUGUAAUUGCGUAGCUAGACGUUAACUUUAUUACAAUAGAACUUACACAUUUUGAUCUUUGAACUCUUAUAAUCAAGUAAAAAAUACGCUGUGCAUAGGUAUUUUAAUAAAAGUCUAUAAAUCAUAUCAGACAUCGGUGAACACCUACACAAGUUGAUCCAUUUAAGUAAGUGCAAUCGUUAUUUCGGAAAGUAUUAACUUUUUUCAGAAUUUGUUUUAUAGAAAAUUUAAGAAAUAAGCAACUCUACAAUUUUACAUUUAUGUUAUAUAUAUAUAUCAUACAUGUAGGUUAUGUAUAAAGCUGGAAUAUUAUUUAAAAUAAAUAUCGGUAUUAAAUUGUAAUUUUUCUGUCAACCCGUUGACGAGAUAUUCCACAUUUAGUUUGGAUCAGAAGAGAGUAAUGGGGCAUCAUUUUUACGGUAGCAUGAUGUGUGGCGUGUUAAUAAUGCACCAUUACUCCCUCUACUCAAAUUUAAAAGUAGAAUAUCUCGUCAACGGGGUUAGGUUAGAUUGUGAUGGAAAGUUUCCUAGUUUUCCUAUAUUUUUUCCUGGUUUUUCACAUUUGCUGUGAAUGUUCUCGGGAAUAUUAAAAAAUGACCCGUUUAAAGUACCUCCCCAGUCGAAUUUCUUUUUAGACAAAUUUCUACCAUUAUAAAUUACAGCAAGCCUAACUUAAAACUCUUUAUAAAAUCAUAAUCUUCUUCGCUCCACUCAGAAUCUAAAAUUUAACACUUCCGAGAUAAUGAGUGUAUUCACUUAAAUGGAUCACCUUGUAUUAUAACUAUAAUAGUUCGCAUUUAUUGCGGCACGGUUUCUUUGUGAAUUUAUCCGAGGGUCAGUCUAUAAAUUAUACUCGAGAUUCCUCGAGAUACCUUGGCUGAGACAUAUCUGAUAAUCCGUUUCGCGGCUGAUAAAUAUAGAUUUGUUGCAUCAGAUGGCCACCGUGUGAUUGAUUUGCUCUAAGCCCUAAGGUGCAACUCACCUUGGAACACGCUACUCACAUACCUAAACUUUCAAAAAUAUUGUAUUAGUAUUGCAUAUUAUUGAAGGGAAGAGACGCCCGUAACAUAAUAUUAUAUAUCUAUUACCUAUACAGGGUGAUUCAAUAAGCGUUUGUACUAAUAAAGCGCCACACGCCGUGCCGCCACAAAAAUAAUACUUCAUUAAUCUCCCCCUUCCUAAACUUCAAAGUGAAAUAUCUCGUUAACGGGUUGACGGAAAUCAAAAAUGUUAAAAUCAAAACCUAUUUAAAGUAAUAUUCUAUCUAAUAAUCUAAGUCUUCUUAUUGCAUUUAAUUACACUUAAAAAUUUUAAAAAACAGAAUUUGAAUAUACAUGUAAAAUUUAACCAAACAAAUCGGGUGAGCACGCUUAGUGAAUUACCCUGUUUACAUAUGACAACAACAUUGUACCUAAUACUAUAAAUGUUAUUUUUAUUUUUCAAACAUCUUUUUAAUUAUAAAUAAUAAAACAAAUAACUACAACUUUAACCAUAAUCAUAAUCAAAAUACGAGUAUUAUAUUAUCACUUUAAUUGAUAUCUAAUGUUUUAGGCUUUAAAUUUUACUAAAUCUAACCUUUACUUUUUAAUAAUUAAUUUAUUCUAAAAUAUUUUCAGAACCGCCUUUAACACUCAGAUUUAGAUCCAAUACUCUUUUUUUAAAAAGGAAGUAACAUGUUUUUUUUUUAAUCUCUGGCUUAUAUAGCUUUGUACGAGCUAGUAGUUUCCUCAAUUUUUCUGAUUUUGGACAAUAUUUCUUCAAGCGUACAUAACUAAUCUUUUUAUAUAUUUUUUUAAUCAUCUUUCAUUGGUUCUUCCUAGGACUUCUAUAUAUGGUAAGUUUAUUAUGGUUUUCAUAUUUAGGAACCGGUGCCGGCAGAAUCAUGGAAAGGUAUUCUGAACACUAACACCCAACCGAACAUUUGUAUUCAGAAAAAUUUGUUUAUGUAUCAGACGUUAAACGAAAUUAUCGGGGACGAGGACUGUUUGUAUCUGAACGUAUACACACCGAGGGUAAUAUCUACAUACAUUAAAUCGAUAAUACAUAACGAUCAAAAAAUAAAACGAUAACUUACAGGGAAUUUUUUUCAUCAUGAACCAGCAAUUAUCUCGACGUAGUAUUCUAAGUGAAUUUGAUUCCUUUUGACUUUGAUUUUUUUUUUUAUAUUUAAAAAAAUAUUCUGUAUUCGAAUCUGUGUUCAAAACGGGAGUUUCUAUUUAAAAAACGAAAGUAUAUACUUAUUAUAUACUUAGUAUAUACUAAACGGAUUAGGGGUUGACAAGUUAAAAAUGGUUUAAAAUAAAGUUUAAACUAUUCCCUAAAAAACAGAAAUCAAAUUCACUUAAAAUCCUUCGAGAUAAUUGUUCACGAUGAAAAAAUCACUCUGUAUUAUUCUUGUUAGAUGUAAUUUAUAUUUUAUAUUUAAAAUCGUAGAUACCCAAAUUCGGGGAUUACCGUCGGUUACCAGUUAUGGUUUGGAUUCCCGGUGGAGGUUUUAGUUCAGGGCAUGGAGGUUCAAGUUUGUACGGCCCUCAAUAUUUGCUUGAUAAGGAAGUUGUUCUCGUCACCAUAAACUAUAGAGUCGGACCUCUAGGUUUAUAAUAUAAUAGUAUACUAUAUAACUUAAUAAUAUUCAAAAAUUAUUUAUACGAUUCAGGAUUUUUAAGUACCGAAGACGACGAAAUGCCUGGUAACUACGGUAUGAAAGAUCAAGUAUUGGCAUUGAAAUGGGUUCAAAAAAAUAUACCUAUAUUUGGCGGUGAUCCGAAAAGAGUUACGAUAUUUGGUGAAAGUGCCGGGGCCGUCAGUGUCGGGUUACAUUUGUUAUCGCCGAUGAGUAAAGGUAUGUAUCAAGGUGGAUUAAAAAGGUGUAAAGAGUUAGCUUAUCGGUUUAUUGAAAACAUUGAUGUAACAUUAAAUACACCGUUAGAUUCGCUGCCUACCCGAUAGAGGACCAGACAUUUUAUUAUUUUUAUGUAUUUUUAAUGAUAAUGUGACUAAAAUUAUGGAAGUGUUCUAUUUAUUUAUUUUUUUGUAAGAGUGCAUUUAAAAUAAUACAUUUAUGAAGAUAAAUUAUGAUAUAUAUAUAUUUAUAUUUAUAUAUUUACAUAUACAUAUAUUAUAAAACAAUAUAAAAUAGUUAUUUAUGAAUAAUAUAAGUACCUGAAAUGUGUCAAAUUGAAAAUCGUCGAGUAAAAAAUUAUGUGGAACAAAUCUAAUUUUCAAUUAAUUUUUUUAACAUAUGUAUAUUUCUGAUUUAAGAACGAUGUUGAAGUCAUAAUUGAGUGGAUUAAGUUUCGAAAUUAUAGCUUUUUGAAGUUUUGAUAUUAUGCUGAUAUUAUAUGUUAUGUUAAAUUACUAAAUAAUGUCUUUUCUAAAGUAUGUAUGUCGUAGCUGAAUGGUAUGUAUAUAUAACCAUACAUACUUAUUUUCAUCCUGGGGUUUGUGAGUUUGAACCCGUGUUUCGAAAAAAAUUGUUUGCAAGUUUUUUCUUUUUCACCCAAACAAGGAAAAAACAAAUAAAUUUUGGGUGUGCCUAGAGACCCAGCAAUCGCUCGCUCGGACUAUUUAAAUCGCAAAAUAUCCCUCAAUUUGUUGUGCAAACUUUUCUACUAGCAAUUUUGCUCCGAUUUACAGGUUAGGUUAAGUCAGGAAAUCUGAUUGAGGAAGUAGUUUUUAGAGGUAAUUUUUCGAUUUUCCCAAGAGUUUCUUCAGCAAAUGAGAAAAACCGGAAAAAACAUGGGAAAACUGGGAAAAAUGCAGGAAAACCGGGAAAAUCGGUACAACAUUAAACAAAUAUUAUUGAAGAAAAUAUAUAAAACCUAUUUUAUUAUUUAACUAUAAUAUGACAUACAUAUUGUUGACAAAGCACCACUAUCAACUGAACUCCGCUCAGAAUUGCUUUUUCGUAAGCAAUAGUUUAUCAUUGCUUACAGGUAUACAUUAAAUUACCUAUAACAGUGGUUGCAUCCGACCCCAUUAUCCUAGAGUGUAUUUUUAAUUAUAAUUGUUUUUAUUUUGCGAUGUGUAUAAUACUAAAUAUUAUUUACAUCUCGGUUUUGUAGGGCUAUUCCACAAAGCAAUAAUAGAAAGUGGCUCGCCAUUGUGCCGAUGGGCUGUUUCACCGCCGGGCUGGGCCAAACGAAGAGCUUUAUCUAUGUCCACCAUUGCUGGGUGUCCCACGGAUUCGAAACAGUUAGCAGACUGUUUGAGAAAAAUGCCCGCUGACUUGUUGGUGGAUCUUCAUUACAAUUUCUUCGUAAAUAUGCUACCUAUAUUAUAAUACAUAUGUUACGGUUCAUGUUGAGUGAUUUUCUGUUUAGUAGAACCAAUUUUGUGCUAUUAGUUUUUAUAUAAGAGAUGAAUUAGAGUUCAUAGUGUUCAUACGUUAGUUUAUUUUUUAUUUUAAUUUUUAAGUGAGAUGAAAAUAUUUGAAAUAGCUUAAUAAUCCUCGUAUCUUGCUUAAAAUUAAAUUAAGUAAAAAAAAUUACUAACACAGACAAUGUUUUUACCAGUGACACAAUUAGCACACAAUCCUAGGGAGGUUACAGCCCCACCUUAAUAUUAUACCAUUAGUACAUUUGGAGGGCUUCAUCCUCACAUCUACCUACCCACACAUCCUAAAAUGUAUACACUAAAAUAUAACAAAAUCAUUUAACUUUUAAUAACUUUUAUACAUUAUAUAAUAAUUAUUAACAAAAUAUUUAAGUUUCAUUUUUAUUUUAUAUAUAGUUGUAAAUUGUUGUAAAAUUUGAUCAGGAUCAAUUUCUAUAUUUUUUUCAAUACUUAUUAUGAAAAAAUUACUGAAACGAUCUUUGUCCAUUGUUGAACUUAAGUAUGUAUUUAUCUGCCCCAUGGCAGAAAAUGCACGUUCUGAUGUUGCAGAGGAAAUUGACAAUGUAAUGACAACUUGUACUAUCUUGUUCAAGUGUGAGAAAAUUUUUGGAUACGUUUUUCUGAAUAUAAUUAAAACUCAUUGUUUCUUUGUUAUUAUAGUAUGAAUUUUUAAAGACUGUCAUAUCAUUUUUUAAGUCACAUUUAUUGAUUUUAGAUAAAUCCCAGAAAAACAUAUAAAAAUAUUGUAUUAGUUUGGAUCAGUUAGCAAAAAAAUUGAAUUUGUUUAUUUAAUUAGUUCUCACCAAAAGAUUUAAUUAAUUACCUAAUCUAACAAAUUUUAACACAAAAGAUUUAAUUGCUUUAUAAUGUUUAAUCAGAUACAAACUACCACUUAAAUCAAAUCGCUAUAAUCAGUUUAUGUAGCAAUUUGUAAACUUUCCAUGGAAAAUCUAUGUUUCAUAUUUAAAAUUGUUGUGUCCAUAAUAAUAAAAAACCGUAUUACAUUUCCAAUAACUUUCUGUCUCUGAAUCAUUUUUAUUUAAAUCAUGCUCAGAGUCUGCUGCAGUUGAAACUAUAAUGUCAUUCUAUUUUAGACUAGUUGAUUCUUUUUUACGCCUUUUGGGUCCUAUAUUCAUAAUGGUAAAAUAAAUAAGCAGUACAUAUUAAGUAUACUUAAGUUAGUAGUCCAACUUAUAUAUUUACAAUUACUUUAUCAUCUUUUUUAAAUUUUCCUCGAUAUUUGCAUCAAUGAUGGGUUAAACUUGAACAAAGUCAUUGGAAUUCGAUUAAUUUUUUUUAUUAAAAUUAAAUACAACGAAACGCCUUUUUUAUUUGACAUAAAACUUUUAAAAUAUAAAACAAAUGACAAAACGGCAAACACGCGAGAACGAACGGCGUUAACGGUGGGAGUGGCGCGAGUUGAAGCAUUUAACGUCAGUGCAUCGGUAUGAACAUAAAAACAUAUUACAUAUUGAUAGUAAACAUGUUAUAAGAUAGUAUCACAGACCAUAAUCCACAGAAUAUAUGAAUAAAGAAUAUAUAUCACGAUGUAAAUAAACCUUUUUUGCCACUGAUAACUCCGCAGAAACCAGUAUUUACGCAUGAUACCACAAUGUAUAUACAACAAAUAUGCACAUUAUUUCCGUGAUGAUAAGAUGACCAGAUAAGUUAAUCCUGACUUUAAUCGAAAAGAAAUGUUUUUUUUUUUAAAAUCGAUAUGCACGAUAUUUCGAUAUAUUUAUUUAAGUAAAACGAAUUUUUAAACUACUUAUUAUUUUUUAAUUCAAUAACAUAUAAAAUAUUAUUUAUUUUGAGGGAGCUGUUAGUAAAUUUGGGGGCUAAGCCCUCAGCCCUCCCUAGUUAUACUUAUGGUCUUUAUUUUUAAGUUUGACAAUAGACCAAUUCACUCUAAUUUAUAUUAAAACCAAUAUAGAAUUUCAUAUAGAAUUGGUUCUGCUAACGAAAAGUUGACAUUAGCCAAUUUGAUUCAAUAAUUUAUUUCUGUUAUGUUGAGUAUAUUACGCCAAUCGAUAUACGAAUGACAGCCAUCUAUCAAUACACGUGUUGUUCAUUUUUAUUAAUUACAGGAAUGGACAAUUUAUCCGGCAAUAACGUUUAUGCCCGUCGUCGAACAAUUCAAUAGUAAAACCGAACAGUUUUUGUCCAGAUAUCCAUUACUCGAUUUUAAUCAAGAAUCCAACGUUCCGGUAUUAAUAGGAAUGAACUCUGGCGAAGGCGGUCUUUUCGUCGCCCGUCAGUAUAUUUUCAUUUUAUUUUAGUUUUACAGCUUCAUAUUUUGCAGAUAUUAUUUUCUUUUUUCUUUCUUGUAGGAUUAUACAACGGAACGGGUCACCUUACUGAAUCACGGUUAAAGAAACAUUUUGAACAUUACGUUUCAUCGCUUUUAAUUUACAAGUAUACAACGCAAAUGUCCGAUAUUCUGAAAGUCGGAAGGAAAAUAUUCGAACAUUAUUUUCCUGACGGAAACUUGGAUAAUACAACGCAAGCGGUCAAGGUAGGUUCGCUUUUAAAAUACUUACAAAUCACAUACAAUUUAAAUUUAAAAAAUUUAAACGAAAAUCGUAAAAAAAUAUGACGGCACUUCAAAUUAUGUAUUACUGAUCUGCGUUUAGAAUUGUCUUUCGUCAAACAAUGGUUUAUUGUUGCUUAUAUAUAUAUAUAUAAAUGAAAUAAACCUAUGUACCUUCCCGAUUUCUCACUCACAACAGUGGCUGCUCCUAUUCCCAGUAUUAGCUCUUUUUUUAUUUAUUCAUUUCAAUAUUUUUGCAGAUGGUUACAGGUGGAAUUUUCCUACAAGCUAUAAUUGAUAUGGCGAUCAAUAUGACGUCACCGGUGCAUUUUUACGUUUAUGAUUAUACCAACGAGAUGACAUUUAAUUCGUUAUACGGACCCUGUACGAAAAAAAUAGGCGUGACACACGGCGAUGAAAUGAUAAGUCUAUUUCCGAUGAAAGAUCAGGAACCUUUAAAGGGAGAUGAUCUCAAAGUAUCUAAACUGUUAGUAGACUUGUGGACGCGUUUCGCUAGCACUGAGUACGUUAUAUGCAAAAAUCCUCUUAGCAGUCUAAACGAAAUAAAUUUUAAUACUUUUAUAAUUAUCUAAAUACGUAUAUUGUGUUCUAAUAUAGGGGUCUUACAAUUGACGGCACUGAUAAGGGGAACAAAUGGCCGUUAUUCAGUAUUAAAAAUUUGGAAUAUUUAUUGAUUAAUUCCAGUACGCCUGUCCUGUCUAAAAAACCAUACAUGGAUGAAUACAAGUUUUGGAAUGAAUUACCACUGUUAUCGAGAUUACUAGAGUCUGAAAUUAUAUCGAAAAAUUUAGUUUGAUACUGUCUAACAAUACUAUUAUGUAUAAUAAUGAGUUUAAACUGAAAUGAAUAUGAUUUUAACAUGUAUAUAUUUAUUUUAUACGUAUGAAACUUUCACCGCUUUAGCCUUAAUACUUGGUAAAAGAGUUGCAAAAAUAGAUGACAUAAUUUUAAAUCCUUUUUUUUCUUAUUUUAUACAAAUAAUAAAAUAUAACUUGUAUACAAUAUUAGUAAAUACAGAGG